CCCAUAUCCGAUCAAAGUCUCGCUGUUCCCCCCUCCCUCUUCCGGCCAGGCUUUUCUCUAUCCUUUCCUCCAUUCGUAUCCUCGCGACAUCUCUACAGACUACUUGCACCCGCUGCCGUGACGGCAGUCUCCCCCCCCCCCCCCCUCUUCCCCCUUCCCUAUCUUCCGUCCUAUCCCAUCUCUUUUUGCUCGCCCGCAGUAGCAGACCAACGCAACGCGGGAUAGCACAAACCUGGAUCUUUUGCUCCCCACGUCACAUCUCAUUCUCGCGUGCGUGCCUUGGUCGCUCUUUCAAAGCCAUUCCCCCCAUACCCGAUCCGAAGCUCAAGCUUCCCCACUUGCGGUCACCCUCGUCACCCAUCGUCGCCAGGUCACCACAAGCUUGCAUUGACCCGUCGUCGGAACAUGUCAGGAAAGCUUGCGUAGAGAAUCGAUCCCUACUAGUUUUCCCGCUCUGGAUCAGAUCACGGAACGCUCUCUGCGACUGUGGCUGCGGCAUCUGUCCUCUCGUCUCCUAACCGCAACCCUCGCUCAUCGCCUACUGCAGCCGAGAGGAAAGCAUGCGCACCUGUCUGUAGGUACGGAUACCUGGUGCUUGCUAUCCGCCGCUCUGCCUAUUUGCCUCUCUGCUUCCACCCUCCGGCAUUGUGCAGUCACCCGUGAACCCUCGGCGCCGCUUCCGUCCUUCUCCGCCCUCUUCCGCCACUUCGACACACCUGCCCUUGCGGCUGCCGCUGCUCCAAACCCAACUCCACCUCGUCGCCUCAUCGGAUAGCGGGCAUUUCCAAGGUUCUAUGGACUAUCCGUAUCGGCCCAUGCACCAUCGCCCUCGACAAUGACCCGACCCAAGGUCCCAGAGGACAAACGUCAACGGACUGCUCAGGCCUGUGACACCUGUAAGCGCCGGAAGCAGAAGUGCAAUGGCUCUCGUCCAUGUGCCACAUGUACCAAGAGGAGCUUGGUGUGUACCUACACCACGAGCAACGGCUUCGAACAGACUCCUCCGGACCAACUAGCCUCUCCCUCCAAGCGUCGCAACAUCGAAGAAGUGCCCACUGCGACAUCAACGGCCCAUGAUGGCUCUCACGCAUCUGAGAGUCCUGCGGCGGCCACAACGCCGUGGGAGUCUAGCCUGCAGCAACCAGUCACCGGAGAAAAACCGGCUGUCGGUUUUGAUAUAAAGCCCUCUAUCGAAAAUGACCAUGAGAUGGCAGCAGCGGACCGAGAGUUCGAUAUUAGGUCGAGACACAGCACAGCAUCAGGCCCCGACGAAGAAACAUCGCUUAUCCAGUCCACCAGGAUGUUACAAGACCCUACAGGCAGACUUCUCUAUGUGGGCGACUCGGCGUCCUUGGCAUACCUACAGCUCAUUCGAAUGAUUGUCGAAGCGAGCGUUGGGCCCAGCGACUUCACGAUGGAUCCCAGCCGCCACAAAAUCAUGGAGGCCACUAUAGUGAUGCCGGCGAACGUACGCCCUCCACAUAUCUUGCCUGAUAGGGACACGGCCAACGCCUUGGUUGAAUCGUUCUUUACAAACACUCACGGCCUCAUUGAAGUGUUCAACAGAGCAGCCUUUGAAAAGUCCGUCGAAGCUUGCUACUCGGAUCCUCUGGCAGCUCAAUCAUCUUUUCUCUGCUUGUUGUAUCUGACCUUUGCCCUUGGCACAGUCCUUGGCACGCCGCGUCCUGGUAGCAAGGAAGACGCCAUCUUCAAGAAGCUACGGGCAAGUGAAUACGACCGCGCAGAGCUCUUCUUCCGAAGCGCAAAAGCCCUCGGUGACCCGAUAACUGGUUUUGAGGAUGCAGACUUUUGGUCCGUGCAGGCCCUUUCGUUAAUGGCCGUCUAUAUGCUAGCAGUGUCGAAGCGUAAUGCGGCUUAUGCCUACUUUGGAAUGGCCGUCCGAUCCGGAUUUGCUCUUGGCCUACAUAGGGUUCAAGAGAAUCAUUUCAUCUUCAAGAGCCACGAAAUCAGGCUUCGGCGGAAUCUCUGGAGGAGUCUGUUCGUCCUCGACCGUUUCCUCGCGGCUUCGCUCGGCCGCCCGGUAGCCAUUGAUGAGGAGGAAUGCUCUGCGGAUGCACUUUUGGUGUUCGAGAAGAACUCUCAAGGGGAGUUGGUCCGCGUCACGAACCCCAAUGAUGGAUUGGACGCCGCCGUACGUUCUUGCCGAAUCAUUGGACAGAUUCUGAAGAAGAUCUACGCCCGCCGACGAAUAUCAGUCCGCCUCGCCCAAGAGAUCUGGGAGCAAUGCAACAGCUGGUAUUCUACCCUUAGCCCGGAUCUGGCUGGGAGGCAAGUCGCUGCCGAUCCCAAUAAUCCGAUACAAAGCAUCGCAGCUCUCCACGUCAAUCUGCUCUACUGCCACUCCAUCAUGUUACUGACCCGGCCGUUCUUCAUAUGCCUGCUAAGCAAAGUGCACGGCGAGCGGAGCGGUCUUCAUUUGCCGGUCCCACGCUGGAUCAACCGCAUGUCAAAGUACUGCGAAGCAUGCCUGCACGCCUCAAACCAAACCAUCAUCCUCGUUCAAAAGGCGUUCGAGAGCAACUACCUUCCGCAACGCAACCCUUUCGUGCUUUACUUCCUUUUCGCCGCCUCCCUCAUCAUUCUGAGCAAUGAGUUCGCGGCGAUCUACCCGAACCCAAGCUAUGGGACCUCGAUAUCCAACACGAUCGCCAUCAUGCGUUACUGCGCCGCCAGUGAUCCGCAGGCCAACCGUCUACUCUUUAUCCUGACAUCAUUCCGCAAUGUCAUUUACGAACUCCGGCAGAAGAAACCUGAGCAGCCGGCCAUGCCCGCUCCUCCAACCUUAUCUCCGACAUCGAUCCAGGACCCCAUCGGCACCAUUUUUCGACCUUCCGGGGUGUUGCGGAAGGACUCCCUCGUGGCAAAUACCUCGGGCCCGUCACUGGCCGCCGUUAAGACGAUGGCUCCGCCUCCGCUCUCCAUGAAAUCAGAACCCACCUUUUCCACGCCGACAGGUCCGUCGGCAGGUGUGUCGCCCGCGGGGAGUACUCCGGGCAUGUCUCAGGGCGAUCAGAGCACAAGGAUGGGCGGUGACUCGGACACGGCGGAUGGGGAACUCGAGUUCGACCAGCUAUGGGGCUGGUCGACUGUUCCUAGCAUAACAAGCGGGACCCUCGCAGCGGGAACGGCGGCCGCACCCGCCGGAGCUCCUCCGGGAUUGGCGACGGCGACAACAGCGUCGAAGGUGCCCGCAUUUCCAGCUCCCGGUCCAGGCCAACCAUUUCGGGGCUUCCCAAACUAUAUUGUGCCCGGUGGUCCCAACGGAGGCGGAGUCCCGACGGUUGGACCUCCAGGAUAUGUUGCUCCUCCCAACGUGCCAAUGUAUGUUCCAGCAGAGUACUCAUAGUAUAACUGUGAUGGAAGGCUUGUCAAUACAACGGGAGGAGGGAGAACCAUAUGACAAUCCCUAGGCAGCCGUCAUCGGCGAGUCGCAAGACUGUUCGACCAGCUCGAACCCCAGCACACGACUGAUACGCUUAUCCUGAAAUCAAUAAAGGACGGCAGGACGGCUUUUGUCCGGAAAAUCGAAAACGUGUACCAUUAUACCCUCGGUGGCUGGGGUAUGGAAACUGGAUUAGGGACACGAAUGUACAGGACGAUUCGGUCUAUGUAAACGGUACAAAGCUUGAGGGAAAAGGAGCAGAACACACAAGAUGAGUUUCAAGAUACCCAGAGCAUGACGAUAAGGAAGUGCUUCUUGACGAGGCGAGGUCGUGAGGCUAUUCGUGUGGACAUUGCGAUGCAUGCCUCGAACAUACUAUUGGGAGAACGGGACGAUAGGUAGUAGGUGGGUUUAAUCGACUUGCGGCCAUGUGAAGUUGCGCAGAAAACAGGGAAAUGAUGCAGCCUAGGUAGCAACAACAAAGCCUAGCAACGCAAUAAGGGGGGUGACCUUCAGAGUCAAUAUAUUCGAGAAAACACCAGACACACCCCUUCGCAACUGGGUUU